AUGCGCCAGGCGCUGUAUCUGCAUGGUGGGCGAGCAGGCCGCCUGGUUGGAGGGGUCUGUGCGAGGGCUGUCGCCAUGACGAGUGGCGCAGCUGGUGCCGGUGCCGAGGACGCCCAGCACGUGCUUAAGAAGCGCCGUUUGAGCGCCUCGGGCGAAGCACCGGCUCAGGAUCCGCGCGCGAAGAUGUGGCUGCCGCGUGCGGUCCCUACGCGCGGCCCCGGGACCAGCGCUGCGGUUCCCCGCUCUGGGCCGUACGCGUUCGAGCAAGGCGGGACGGGCAGGCUUGAAAUCAGCGAGGGAUCGUGGGUGAUCUACAAGCCGGGGUUCUUCCCGCCGGACGAGUGCAGGGAGGCGUUUGAAACGUUGCGGAAGGAGGUCAACUGGCAGCAGCGAGAGCUCACCAUCGUCGGCAGGAAGGUGAUGCAGCCUCGCCUGGUUGCGCUGGCCGCGGACGACCCGGACUUCCGCUACACGUAUAGCGGCAUGACGCUGGUCCCAGACGCCUUCCAUCCCGAGGUUGACAGGCUGCGCCGUGCCGCGGAGGAGGCGUCGGGCGCGAAGUAUAACUCCGUGUUGCUCAACUUCUACAGAUCGGGGAAAGACCACAACAGCUGGCACGCCGACGACGAGUCGCUGUACGGAGAGAGCCCAACGAUCGCGAGCAUCUCCCUGGGCAUCCCUCGUGAGUUUCAGAUGAAGCGGCGGGCCUCGCGGGGAGCGGCGGGCGACGUGAGCGGCCCGGGCACCCGCCUGACGUGGACCCUCGGCCCCGGCGACCUCCUCGUGAUGGGCGGGCGCUGCCAGACGGACUGGCUGCACCGCAUCCCGCAGCGCAAGCAGCUCGAGGGCGAGCGCAUUAACCUCACGUUCCGCCUCGUCGUGGACCGGUAG